GUUCAGGAGAGCGAGUUUUCCGAAAACAUGCACCAAUUUUCACGGGAAAUGUCUUAAAAUACGUGUUUUAAAAACAAUAAAAAAAUAUAACGAUUUUGUACAAUACAUCACUAGUGAUACAAGCAGUGUUCGGUUUCGAAAUAUCGAUAUUCGAGAGAAAAUGUAUUUGUCAUGAAUGUACAUAAAAACAAAGCAAAGAAAAUAGGAGUGAAUUGCAUAUAAAAUUGUGAAACUUUAAAGUGAAACGUGUCGAAAACUAGAGUCUGAGCACGGUAUAUGUGUAUACAUUUUUUAAUCCUGAGGACCUCAUCUAUCCAUCUGUACCAUCAAAUACCAUCUCCGAAAGAAUCGUAAUCGUGUCAAAUUUUGAUAAACGGUAAACCGGGAAACCCCCGCCCGCAAUUAAUAAAUCUUAAACUUCAUAAAUCCAAUCUCAAAUCAAUAUAUUUCGCAAAUGGAAAUUGUAUGAUGGGCAAAUUUCACUGUACAUAAAUUUUACUGACCAAAAUAUGCGACUGAACGAGAACACGAAAAUCGUAGGAAAGAAAGUAAUUUUAGUGCCAUACUGUGCAGCACAUGUCGAAAAAUAUCACGAAUGGAUGAAAUCCCCGGAACUACAAGAGUUAACUGCUUCAGAGCCUCUCUCGCUUCAAGAGGAAUAUGAAAUGCAACGAAGUUGGCGUGAAGAUGAAGACAAAUGUACAUUUCUAGUUUUAUGCAGAACUACUUAUGAACAAACUGAUGAUGAAAUUUACUCAUUGGUAGGAGAUACAAAUUUGUUCUUGAGAGUGGAGGAUGGUGGUGAAGGAACAGACUCAAGCUACCAAGUGGCCGAAGCAGAGAUAAUGAUAGCAGAACCAGAAGCUCGCAGUAAAGGAUGCGGAUGGGAAGCAAUGCUUUUGUUGUUGAAAUAUGCUUUAAGAAAUUUAAAUAUUAAACAGUUUGAAGUCAAGAUUGGUACAAAAAAUGCAAAAUCGUUACGCAUGUUCAGUAAAAUGCACUUCAAAGAGGUAUCACGUUCAGCUGUAUUUGAAGAAAUCACAAUGGUACUAAUGAUCGAUGAAGAGUGGAUAAAAUGGUUGGACGGACAGGUGACUUUGCAUUGUGAAAAUUACAGAAAUAACGAUUUAUGCGAUUAGUAGAAAUAAAUGAUCAUAACGUUUAAGGUACAUUUUGUAAAGUACUGUUUGUUUAUUUCGAUUAAAAAGAAAACAGUUUUGUAUCAUAUGUACUUACACACGUGUAUACAUAACUGUCUAAAUUCAAAAAAUA